GGGUGUUUUUCGACAGAGAUUUCUGAACUCAUUGAGUGAAUUAUCAAGCCCUUUUAAGGCGCUCUUGCCGAAUCUCUUCUGUUUACUUGACAAUUCAUUCACUCAAUCCAUCCUUCUUCAGCUCCCGCGUUACGUCACGCUCUAACAAAAUGCAGGUGCCACUACUCCGGCUUCAGUGUGGUGUCAAUAGCUAUGAUUGGGGCAAGAUUGGCCAUGAAUCGGCAGCUGCCCGGUAUGCAGCUACCACAGCUGCGCCAGACUUCUCCAUAGAAUCCGAGAAGCCCUACGCAGAGCUAUGGAUGGGCACACAUCCUUCCCUCCCUUCGAAAGACGUCGAGACCCAACGAACACUCCUCGAUAUGGUCCAGGACAACCGAGCCUUGUUAUCCAAGGAAGUAAGCGAGCGAUAUGGCGGGAAGCUCCCCUUCCUUUUCAAGGUACUUUCAGUCAACAAAGCGCUCAGUAUCCAAGCCCACCCGAACAAGAAGCUCGCGGAGAAGCUCCACGCUAGAGACCCUCGCAACUACCCAGAUGACAACCACAAACCCGAGAUGACCAUUGCGAUCACGCCGUUUGAAGGACUCUGCGGUUUCCGCCCCUUAGAAGAGAUUUCACAUUUCCUCAACGCCGUGGCUCCUCUUCGUCAGCUGAUCGGCACCGAUGCAGUCAACCAGUUCCUGAGCGCAGUCAAGGGCUCUGAGAAAUCGGAGGACCCCACAGCCACGCAGAAGAAUAAGGACGCUUUGCAGACCGUGUUCACGGCACUGAUGAAUUCGUCGUCCGAGAGCAUUGAGGCCGCUACGAAGGAGCUCGUCUCUGCGGCCCAGAACUCUCCCGACACGUUCGCUACAUCUGCCAGCACUCCGGAGACAAACCCGAGCAAUCCAGCGGAACUGGCUACUGUCAUCACUCGUCUCAACGGACAGUUCCCUAAUGACAUCGGCCUGUUUGUGUUCUUCUUCCUUAACUUUGUCAAGCUUGCACCGGGAGAGGCCAUGUUCCUGAAAGCCGACGACAUUCACGCCUACGUUUCUGGAGAUAUUAUCGAGUGCAUGGCGUCUUCUGACAAUGUUGUCCGCGCGGGUUUUACUCCCAAGUUCAAGGAUGUGGAUACCCUGACCGACAUGUUGACGUACUCCUAUGCUCCUAUUGAGGAACAGAAGCUAGAGCCCAAGGAGUAUCCGUAUGUGAUUCUGAAUGCCCCCGCCUACUCCAGCGGAUCGGCGUCCCUUCUUUACGACCCUCCGAUUGAGGAGUUCAGCGUGGUGAAGACUGAACUCAAGAGAAGGAGCGCCAAGGCUACAUUCGAUGGGCUGGGAGGACCUAGCAUCUUGAUUUGCACCGGAGGCACCGGAAAGAUCACCGUUGGCCACAAGACCGAGGAAGUCAAGGAAGGCUAUGUUUUCUUUGUCGGUGCUGAUGCGGAGUGCAUUAUCGAGAACACUGGCGACGAGGAGAGUGUGUUUACGACCUUCAAGGCAUUCUGUGACUUGACCGGUAAGGAAGAUAUGGUGAACGGAAACUAAAUCAACCGCGACGAAUGUAUGUAAAAAUGACUACAAUAUGACCUCUAAUAUUCUCCCCGGCCCUCAACUCAAACAAAGGUGGACUGGUAUGCACUCGGCCCGCAACAACCGAGGUUAGAAUGAAAAAAAGCAAUUAACAUUAAACUCUGCAGUGGAUUUCCU